AUGGCCUUCCAAGUCCCCUUCCCCAAGCCGGGUCUUGCGGCCGUGACUUCAGAUCUCUGGCCGUCAAUGACACGGUUGUUCAAUGCGCCCCGGAAUAACGUCGAACACGCCUCCCGCUCCGGAUAUGCCGCCCCUCAGCCCUCCCAACGCGCGGUUGCGGAAGCAACCUCCACGGAAUCAAGUGGUGUGCAGCUGCCGGAGUUCCUGGCUACUGUGUCUUCCGAGGCGUUGAAGGCAAGCAUCUUGAGCAAGACCACUCAAAGCGGAUGGUCUCGCUCCUUGCUCAAUGGAACCACAAUGUGGACCUCGCCGUCUCUUGCUACUCGUCAUCUUGCCUCUCCCUCUGCUCGUUCCUACUCCACGAUAUCCAUGUCCGUCAACCGUCUUCGCCACGCCCCUCAAGUACCAGGUCUCUCCCGGUUACAGCAACAGCGUUUUCUCUUUGGUGGUUCUUCUCACAAUCUGCUGGCGCAGAAGGAGAAGACUGCCAACAACAAUCCUAGCAGCGCAAACGCCCAGAAUGCUUUCUACCAGGCCCUCCUCCGUGCAAACCACCCUGCCAUUGUUGUUGAACGGUACAAAAGCGGUCAUUUCGCCACGAAUGCGGCUACGGACGAACUCUACUUGAAAGCCUUGCAACGCGUUGGCGGCGUGGACUCUGCGGUGUCAGUUCCUGCGUCCGGCCAGGCCGUCAGCCCCGAGCGGCUGCAAGCCAUCGGUCAGGCUGUCGCAACCCAGUUUCACGGUGGACAAUUCGGUUCUUCUACACACUACGGUUCAGCAGUCAAGCAGACUGGCACUGGAAACAAGGAAGAUCCUCUGCACGUGGUUGUGGAGGAGUCAACCGGAAGUGCUGUCUUUAGAUGGGUCAAGUUUCUGUUCUACUUCGCCUUCUUCGCUUACCUGUCUCUGGUUAUGAUCACAAUCUUGGUUGAAACGACUGGUGCCCUGAAGAACAUCAGGGGCCCGCAGAACAGCGAAGCUCAGCCUCAGCAGCAGACCGUCCGUUUCAGUGAUGUGCAUGGUUGCGAUGAAGCCAAGGAAGAACUUCAGGAACUCGUCGAAUUUCUCACUAACCCCGAUCGCUUCUCCUCGCUUGGUGGCAAGCUGCCCAAGGGUGUUCUCCUGGUUGGUCCUCCUGGUACCGGAAAGACUUUGCUGGCUCGUGCUGUUGCAGGAGAGGCUGGUGUCCCUUUCUUCUACAUGUCUGGCUCUGAAUUCGAUGAAGUCUACGUGGGUGUCGGCGCCAAGCGCGUUCGUGAAUUGUUCACUCAAGCCCGCAGCAAGUCCCCCGCCAUCAUCUUCAUUGAUGAGUUGGAUGCUAUUGGUGCCAAGAGGAACGAGAGGGAUGCCGCCUACGUGAAGCAAACCUUGAAUCAGCUGCUUACCGAACUCGAUGGCUUCUCCCAAAGCAGCGGAGUGAUCAUCAUCGCCGCCACCAACUACCCCCAACUUCUGGAUAAGGCUCUCACGCGUCCCGGUCGCUUUGAUCGCAAGGUGACUGUUGGCCUUCCUGACGUCCGUGGUCGCAUGGAUAUUCUCCGACACCACAUGAAGGAGGUCCAGGUCAGCAUGGAUGUUGAUGUUGGUGUCAUUGCUCGUGGUACCCCCGGUUUCUCUGGUGCCGAUUUGGAGAACCUUGUUAACCAAGCUGCCAUCUAUGCCAGCCGUAACAAGCAAACCAAGGUUGGCCCGAAGGACUUUGAUUGGGCUAAGGACAAGAUCAUGAUGGGUGCUGAGGCUCGCAGCCGUAUCAUUCAAGACAAGGACAAAAUCCUCACUGCCUACCACGAGGCCGGUCACGCUCUCGUUGCUUAUUUCUCUCCUUCCUCUACGCCUUUGUACAAGAUCACCAUUGUUCCUCGAGGCAUGGCCCUGGGUGUGACUCAUUUCCUGCCUGAGAUGGACAUGGUCUCGAGAAACUACACUGAAUACCUUUCGGAUAUCGACGUUUCCAUGGGCGGUAAGGCUGCCGAGGAGCUCGUUUUCGGCCCCGACAAAGUGACCAGUGGAAUCUCUGCGGACAUUCAACAAGCCACUGAAACCGCCUUUACCUUGGUCACCCGUUUCGGCUACUCCAAGAAGCUCGGAAACGUGGACCUGUCGAGCAACUAUGACAGCCUCUCAUCGGAAACGAAGCAGGAGAUCGAAUCCGAAGUCCGUCGUUUAGUCGAGGAGGGUCGUGUCCGCGCUAGCAACAUUCUGACUGAGAAGCGGGAGGAGCUGGAGCUCUUAACCAAAGCUUUGAUCGAAUACGAGACACUGACAAAGGAGGAGAUGGAGAAGGUUCUGCGAGGCGAAAAGCUCGACAAGCUGCAAUCAGCUCCCGCGGCGCCGCUGAAAUUGCCCGAAGCCCUACAGACGGCCCGGCUACCACCUACAGUGACCAGCGGAAAUUCCGUCCAGGAAUAA